GGUGGGAGGCGGUUGUUGCUCAACCACUUAGAUUGGCGGAAGCGAGAAGCCUGGCUAUUGGUGCCUGCAUUGUAUCGCGUUUCCAAGGGGAAGCUGGAGCGGCGGCGGCGGCGGCGGGGAAGCUCAGUGCGGCUCAGCCCGGUCUAGCCGGGGGUUGGGGACGCGACCAUGAGUUUGGCCUUGAGGAAUGAUCUUGCAGUAGACAAAACCAAAAGGAAGAAAAGAAGAGAACUGACUGAAGAACAGAAGCAAGAAAUUAAAGAUGCUUUUGAGUUGUUUGACACAGACAAAGAUAAAGCAAUAGAUUAUCACGAAUUAAAGGUGGCAAUGAGAGCCUUGGGUUUUGAUGUAAAAAAAGCUGAUGUGCUAAAAAUACUUAAAGAUUAUGAUAGAGAUGCAACAGGCAAAAUCACCUUUGAAGAUUUUAAUGAAGUUGUGACAGACUGGAUAUUGGACAGAGAUCCACAAGAAGAGAUACUCAAAGCAUUCAAAUUAUUUGAUGAUGAUGACUCAGGUAAAAUAAGCUUGAGAAACCUGCGCCGUGUUGCUAGAGAACUGGGUGAAAACAUGUCAGAUGAAGAACUACGGGCUAUGAUUGAAGAAUUUGAUAAAGAUGGAGAUGGAGAAAUUGGGUGUGGCCCUGCCUCUGUGUGUAUUGGAGGAGGCUUAAUAGCUUGGCUUAGCAAGACAGGUAAAAAGGGUGCCCAGGCUGGCAUAGCAGGCAGGCUCAGCAGUAUCUCAGCACAUCAGGUGAUGUCCUUAGGAGGGCAACCCAUCACAGUUGUUGUUCCAUUAUUAAAAUGAUUCGGGGCAAAGGAAACACUGUAACAGAAGCUAAAUUUCUUAAGACUCCAGUUUAAUUUUAACUCAGACUAAUUAACAAAUGUACUUGUAAAUUCAUUGUAAGUACUAUAAUUUUGGGGAAGAUAUAUAUGAAAAAUACACUAACAAAACAGUUGAAUCCCUGUUUUAAAUGCAAACUGAAAUUCAGCCAUAAUCAUGGAGAGACACUAACACCUCCACCAUGAAGGAUUUUUUUUCCAGUGAUGGAAAUGUUAAAUGUAUUCAACAUUUCUUAUAAUGUCUCUCUUUCUAUAUAAGAGUGAUCAGAACUGUGCACAAUAUUCCAAACUGCACUUCUACAGUCUCUCUUUAAUAGUUUAUCUUUUAAAAUUACUUCUUAUAAUAGGUAAAUAGAACUAUUGCUAUGGCAAGAUGAUAUUGGUGUGCCCUGAGCUUCUGGCUUCAGUGACUUCUUUAGUAAUACCUAAAUACUGAACUUUUGGCUUACAUUUUUAAAAAUUGUGAAAACAGUGUUGUGAAUACGCUUCAUUAAAUAAAAUGUAUUAGCUUGUUAUAAAUUGGAAGCAAAAAAUCCAGACCUGUGUUUAUUAACUUCAAUGUGCAUUGGAUCAAUGUCUAAGAAUAUAAAAGGGGAAGCUUUAAAAUAAAAUGUGCAACAUGUACAUAAAAUAUUUUCCUGUCAUAAUUAUAGACCUCUACUGUGCUUGUCUAAUUACCUUUGUCUCUCUUACCACAGUCAACCAGGAGGAGUUCAUUGCUAUUAUGACCGGAGAUGUUUAAAGUUACAAGAAAAUGAACUCAA